UCAUUACAAACUCCGAUAACAAAAUUAAAAGUUUCCCUUUUUUUCAUUCCAACCAAUUGCAAUUUGAAAAAGAAAUGCUGCAGACAUUGCCCAGUAAACUAGUCUGUUUAAAAUAUCUAAAAAAAAAUUACAUAUCUUACUUUUAAGAAAAGUUAUACAGUCACUAGUAAUAAUACGUCAUUGCCGCUAUGAAUGGACUUCGACCAUGACGAAUAUAUGUCUAACGCCAUGCCUAACUUCCUCGUUAGAACAAAUGAGCACCACCGAUAACAUCCGCGUUACUUUUUUUCUUGAUUUUCUUCGGAUGAAAUUUUCAAUCAGUUUGUUUCCAAGAUUUACUAGGUAUAGCUUUUUUAAAUUAGAGUUAUUAGUUCCCCGGCAGAGCUAUUAGAAUGAAAUAUUAAAUGAAAUGACGCGGAACUACUUUGCACGCGACGGAACCUAUUGCAUUAGUAAUGCUGGUCUAUAAUUACAUAUAUUCCAUCCGCAAUGUCAUCAUAGAUUUUUUAAGAGUUAGCUGAAUAUAAUGGAUAUAGUGUUUGGACAUUUACAUGCAAUGCUUUUUUCUGUCUCAUGGUCUAAAUUAUUCAUGGCUUCCUACUCCUUUUACACUGUUAUCCUUCCAGUGUAGUAUCUCUUUUACAAGUUCGCUAAUUUGUUUUCUCUUACAAUUUUUCAACACAACAUAACAUAACAUAUUCUUUGUUUGUCUCUGCUCAUCGAUGUCGACACCACUGAUGUUGGGACCAGCGUUCACAGAAAAAUAGGUUACGCAAGGAGUGGGCACAGGCGACGCAUGCACGGAGCGCGGCAUGGCGCGUCUACUGGGUGAACAUUAUAAUUCUGAACUACGAUCGCGAUUCGACGUACAUUGCAUUCUGAUCGUGGUUCGGAAUGACAUUGCGGAUAGUAUAUAUGUAAUUAUAGACCAGCAUUACUAAUGCAAUGGUUUCCGUCGCGUGCAAAAUAAUUCUGCGUCGUUUUAUUUAAUAUUUCAUUUUGAUAGCUAGUCGGAGAACUACAGCGAAGAGAACGAUGUCUAUUUGUUGUAUUCGUAGCCGAUGCGAAGGGAAGAAUAGAUCGAACAGUGUGGAACUAAUAAUUUUAAUUAGCAUACCCGGCAAAUCUUGAAAACAAACUGAUUGAAAAUUUCAUCCGAAGAAAAUCAAGAAGAAAGUAACGCGGAUGUUAUCGGUGGCGUUCAUUUGCUCUAACGAGGAAGUUAGACAUGGCGCACCCACUUGGAUGGACUUACCGAGCAAUACUAUGGUGUCACAUAAUUUUCAAGAUAAUUGGUCUGGCGCCUAUAUCCUUACACGAUAGGAGCUUGAAAAACACGCGCACGAUAUCCUUCGGACGAAGCAAAUCCGGGAUAUUCUACAAUGCGUUUCUCAGCAUCUUGCUCAUAGCAUCGAGCUUCAUCACUCUGCCGAGGCUGUACAAUACGCCAUACGCAAAUAAAUCCAUUAUAAUGGCAAUCAUUGAGAUGGGGCAAGCAACGUUAGGGAACGUGAUAAUUAUUACAAUCUUAUUGUGCUACGUCUUCAGAUGGUACAUCCUAAAGAAGAUUUCCAAUUAUCUGGUGCAAAUCGGAGGACGGAUGCAGAUCUUCUCACGGGAACCGAUCAACAUGUAUCGCGCCAUUUGGAACCUAUCAGCGAUCUACAUCGUUCAGACGAUCAUGUGCGUAGGUCUCGUGGUCACCGAGGAGCUGGCCUUCUUCAACGGUCCUCUCGGAUGGGCCAUGGACAUCUUGCCCUCGGCCUUCGCGAUCAAUACCUUGUUUCAAUACUUCUUGGUGAUCAGCCUAAUGAACAUAAACUUUACUAGAGUUAACGAGGCUCUCCAGGGCAUCUGCAGAAGCUCCAGCACCGAUUUGAAGUCUUUGAAUCGAUGUCGCCGGGUCUUCGUCAACUGUUCCGUGAUCCAGUCUCUUCGGUACCUGAGAAACAUUUAUGACGACCUGUGCGAGGUUGCCGACGAGGUCUCUCGGUUUUAUUCGUUCCCGACCCUGCUCGUCGUCAUCUUUAUCUUUUAUUCGCUGCUGUUCAACGCGUACUACAUUCUGCAGCCUCUAUCCGGCGACGACAUGGACUUUGAACUCUUCUCCGUCAUCAACGGCGCCCUCUUUAUCGUCUACUUCAUAUAUCCCCUAAGUUUACUGACCGCCAAGGUCACCGAGAUAUUGAACGAGAUCGAACGGACCGGGGUCAUCGUGCACUCGUUGUUGCAAAACACGAUCGAUCGAAAGACAAAGGCAGAGCUCAAGCAAUUCUCGCUACAGUUGCUCCAUCGACAAAUUAAGUUCACCGCUAGCGAUUACUGUAACCUGGACAACACGUUGUUCCAAUCGGUGGUUAGUUCGGUGAUAACGUAUCUGGUGAUCCUUAUCCAGUUUCAAAUGCAAAACAAAUCCUCGUACGAUUGCCAAUGCGAUUGCAGCGUGACGUGAUCGUUUGAAACGCGAAUUGCAUUUCUCUUGCAAAAAUAUGAAGAAAGUAUCUAUUUUAAAUGUAAGAGAAGAACAGAAUAUUUCGAAUAAAAAAUUAACCAUUGUCCUAAGUAAAAUAUUCACGACUGGUUCCUUUCCGGAGAAAUGAAUGAAUAGUCAAAUUUUGUUAAUUAAAAAGUCCGAUCUGGAUUUAUUAAUUUAUAAGUAGUCCAAUAUAACGAUAAUGAAAUUAGUUAUAUUAAAUAUUAUUUCCUUACACGUGUAACUAAAUAGCAAUACAGAUGAAAAUAGUA